AUGCGCCCGGCUUAUGGAAGUGUCUUCCUAGGAAAUGCUGGGCUCCUCUGCCUCACUUUGGAUAGCUCCGCAGUUCUCAGCGGCUUCCAGAAUCUCGCAGAACUCUCAGCAAUGUCCAGCGAAGUUGCAGCUUAUGACAGUUCUAUAAUAUAUAUGGCAGUUGGUGCGAUUCGAUCAGAUAAUUGUAAAACCCAAGCAAGUCUGAGCACCGCCGCUUGCUCACAGACAAAUAUUUUUGUAUGGAGUGAUGGGCAUACAACUGGAAGUGCUGGGUUCGAUUGGUAUGUGAAUACACCGAAUGGUUGCUUCAAUACUGGAUGUGAUAUUGCGAAUUGGGCGAUUGUUUAUCCGAGUUUGGCGAAGAUGGAUGAUUUUCCGGCGAAUUGGGCGGUUGGUGGAUCGAUUUGUGGAAUGGAGGCGACUUAUUCAUGA